UUUAUUUAUUUAUUUUCAUUUUUCAUUUCUCUCCCUGUACCGUACCCCCUUUUCUCUCUAACCGCACCCAAAUUUCAUGGACGACCUCCGCCGGCGACGACCCCUCCCCAAAUCCCACCACCACCGCCGCCGUAACCAAACCGCCUCCGCCGCGGACCCAAAUUCCUACCCCAAGGCUUCCGACGCGCUUCCUCUGCCUCUUUACCUCACCAAUGGCCUCUUCGUCACUCUCUUCUUCACCGUCGCCUACUUCCUCCUGAACCGGUGGCGCGAGAAGAUCCGCACGUCCACGCCGCUUCACGUAGUCACGCUCUCGGAGAUCGCCGCCAUCUUCUCCCUCUUCGCCUCCGUCAUCUACCUUCUCGGCUUCUUCGGUAUAGACUUCGUCCAGUCCUUCGUCGCUCCCCGAACCCCGCACGACGACUGGCACGAGCACGACGUCGUUCUCGAAUCGCCGCCGCCGCGUCCUCCUCAGCAGAAGAAAGAUGAGCAGCUAAUCUCUAAAGAAGACGAGGAGAUCGUCGAGUCGGUGUUGUCCGGAACGACGGCGUCCUACGAGCUCGAAUCGAAGCUCGGGGACUGUAAACGAGCCGCGGCGAUCCGGCGCGAGGCUUUGCAGAAAACGACGGGUCGUUCGCUGCAGGGGCUGCCGCUGGAGGGCUUCGAUUAUCAGUCGAUACUGGGACAGUGCUGUGAGAAUCCGGUGGGGUAUGUGCAGAUCCCGGUGGGAGUCGCCGGACCGCUGUUGCUCGACGGAGAAGAGUACAUGGUGCCAAUGGCGACAACGGAGGGGUGCCUGGUGGCCAGCACCAAUAGGGGAUUCAAGGCAAUCUACGCCUCAGGCGGCGCCGACAGUGUCCUCUUCAACGACUCUAUGACCAGAGCUCCAAUUGUGAGGUUCCACUCCGUCGUUAGGGCUGCUCAGCUCAAGUUCUUCGUCGAGAACCCUCUCAAUUUUGAUGCUCUUGCCGUCGUUUUCAACAGGUCUAGCAGAUUUGCAAAGCUCGAAAAGAUUCGAAGCGCGAUAGCAGGCAGGAAUCUGUACCUAAGGUUUUCAUGCAGCACUGGAGAUGCCAUGGGGAUGAACAUGAUCUCCAAAGGCGUUCAAUAUGUUCUCGAAUUCCUUCAAAAUGAAUUCCCGGACAUGGAACUUGUCGGCAUCUCUGGAAACUUCUGCUCAGACAAGAAAGCAGCAGCCGUAAAUUGGAUUGAAGGGCGAGGGAAAUCAGUAACUUGCGAGGCAGUCAUCGAGGAGGAAGUGGUGAGGAAGGUACUGAAAACCGAUGUGGAUUCCCUUGUGAAGCUUAACGUGAAUAAAAACCUUGUUGGGUCUGCCAUGGCUGGUGCUCUUGGCGGGUUUAAUGCCCACGCCAGCAAUAUUGUCUCUGCAGUCUUCAUAGCCACCGGCCAGGACCCUGCUCAGAAUAUUGAGAGCUCUCACUGCAUUACCUUGAUGGAAGCCGAUGGCAGUGACCUUCACAUCUCAGUCACCAUGCCUUCCAUUGAGGUGGGUACAGUUGGAGGAGGAACACAACUCGCAUCCCAAUCAGCCUGCUUGAACUUGCUUGGUGUCAAGGGGGCAAGCAAAGACUCUCCUGGUUUAAACUCAAGGCAACUGGCGAGAAUUGUAGCCGGAGCUGUCCUAGCAGGGGAGCUUUCUCUCAUGUCAGCCAUUGCAUCUGGGCAGCUAGUGCAGAGCCACAUGAAAUACAACCGAUCUAGCAGGGACGUUGCAAACCUCGCCUCGGUAAACACGGGUAGAAUACAGUAAACCCUAAACCCCAUGAAUCCAUAAACAGAGCCCCAAUAAAAAAAAAAAAAAAAAAAGGAAAAUGGAGGGAAAGGAGAAUCUCUCUCUCUCUCUCUCUCUCACUAGAGGACAUUGUGCUGGGGUUGGAGGGGGAGGGAAGGAGAACAUGGUAGGGUUGGUGAUGUCACAUGGGUGAGGAGGAAUAAAAACAAAAAAAAAAACAGAAUGGAAAGUUUGGGCUCUCUGGGAUGUUUGUUCUUGUCUUCAUACUGCUGCCUGCGACUUGUUGCUGACAAAGAGAGCUUCCAUAGAGUAUCUGGUGUAAUGGGUAUCUUCAGGACAUUAAGCUUGGUCGUAAUCUUUGAUUUAUGAUUCUUGUUAAUUUGUUUUUUCUAGUUUAAUUUAAUUGUUUUAGGAUUAAAUUAAACGCGUUUUUACGAGGGAUUGUUGUUUCAGCCUUGUACAAUUUACGACGUUGUUAUUUGUAUCGGGCUAAGUACUGGUUUGGUA